AUUUGUCCAAACUACCGCUAUCAGUAUAUUUUUGACGCUAUCAAGGUACAGGCUACAGGUACCUAGGCUGACCCGAUCCGCCGUCUACGUCAAAACUCUGAAUUGCAUACGGCGGCGCAUCCAUAUCGAAUCCAACUAAGUGGUUUCAUCGCCGUCAUCAAGCUGGCCAGGUAGUCAUCGCCACUCUACAAGCUGGCAGGUUGAGGGCAAUUGAGCGCCAGAGCCGUGAAAUCAUCUUAAGUAGCUCCUCAGUGGGUGCGGGAAACGUUGAGUUAGAGGCAGGAACAGACUGAGAGAGAAAGGCGCAUACAAGAUCUAAUACGACGGCACCCGACGAUUACAACUUAAUUCCAAGAUGACGAGUCUCAAGAGAUCCGUAAAUACAGAGUCCAGCCUCUCUAGCAAGGUCUAUGUGAGAUCCACCAAAAGCGGCAAGGUUCAGAAGAUCGUCCGGGAGGUCUACUUGAGGCAAGACAUUCCUUGCUCUUCGCGGCUCUGCUCCAAAUGCCUUGCUUCUGCUCCUAGAAGUGCUGCUGGCCUUAUGGCUCCUUUUGUCCUCUCGGAUAAGCCCGCAGGUACCAAGGCAUUCCCACAGGGUCAUUACCUCGUUCCAGACACAAAUGCCUUGCUUAAUGCGAUGGAUUUGUUUGAGCAAGGCUCAGCCUUCUUUGACGUCAUUAUUUUACAGACUGUUCUUGAAGAGCUGCGGAACAGGUCCCUGCCGUUGUAUAACCGCCUCAUUGGGCUAACCAAGAGCCAAGAGAAGCGGUUCUACGUGUUUUUCAACGAAUUCCGAUUAGAAACAUAUGUAAAUCGCGAGCCAGAUGAGACAAUCAAUGACCGCAAUGACCGCGCUGUGCGGCACGCGGUCAAAUGGUACAAUAACCAUCUCGGCCAAACCACCUCCAAGGAUAUACCAGUCACAGUUAUGUUAUCUGAUGAUAGAGGUAAUCUGGAAAAGGCAAAACAAGAAGAAGUUCCUGCUAUCAAGCUGCGCGACUACGUCUCGGGUUUGAAGGACGCCGAAAGAUUAUUAGACAUGAUUGCCGAGUCACAGGAACGUGUCGCUUCCAUAAACAAGAAGCCCGAAUUCAUUUACCCCGACUACUUUAGCUUGUCUAAAAUGAUGACAGGAAUCAAGAGCGGCAUGUUACAUCAGGGAAUAUACAAUGUUUCACCAUACAACUAUCUCGAGGGCUCAAUCAAAGUACCCGCCUUCCCAAAACCCCUCCUAAUCCUGGGCAGAGACAACAUCAACCGUUCUGUGGAUGGAGACGUAGUAGUGGUUGAAGUGCUGCCGCAAGAUCAGUGGAAGGAGCCCUCUACAAAGAUUAUUGAAGAGGAAACUAUUACAAAGAACGAGAAUGCCGAUAAUGAUGAGGAUGCGGCAGAUGUUGUAACAGACAAGGAAAGGCGUGCUCUCCAGGAACAAGUGAAAAAAACCCAAGGCUUGACUACCGAAGGAAGGCCACAGCCGACUGCCAAGGUCGUCGGCGUCAUCAAACGGAACUGGCGCCAGUAUGUUGGUCAUGUAGACCCAUCAUCGGUUAGUCAAACGGCAAAGCAAGGUAGGAAGCAAGAAAGCGUAUUUCUUAUUCCAAUGGAUAAGAAAAUCCCCAAAAUUCGGAUACGGACACGGCAGGCUGGUGAACUCCUCGGAAAGCGAAUUUUAGUAACCAUUGAUUCUUGGGAUCGUGAAUCGAGGCACCCUGUUGGUCACUUUGUCCGCUCGCUGGGCGAACUGGAGACCAAAGCCGCAGAAACCGAGGCCUUGUUACUGGAGUAUGAUGUGCAAUACCGUCCAUUCCCUAAAACCGUUUUGGAUUGUUUACCCAAGGAGGGCCACGACUGGAAAGUUCCUGCAAGCACAGACGAUCCAGGCUGGAAAGACCGACAAGAUUUAAGGGGUCUUCUCAUCUGCAGUAUCGACCCAGUCGGUUGCCAGGAUAUUGACGAUGCCCUGCAUGCCAGGCCACUACCAAACGGAAACUAUGAAGUGGGAGUCCACAUCGCCGACGUUUCCCAUUUCGUCAAGCCCGCCAAUGCCAUGGACACCGAAGCUAGCAUAAGGGGUACAACUGUCUACCUGGUCGAUAAGCGAAUUGACAUGCUUCCAAUGCUUCUUGGUACUGACCUGUGCUCCCUGAAACCCUAUGUGGAGCGCUAUGCUUUCUCUGUAUUAUGGGAGCUGAGCCCUUCUGCAGAUAUUGUAGACGUGCGAUUCACCAAAUCCGUCAUAAAGUCGCGUGAGGCGUUCAGCUACGAACAGGCUCAGUUGCGGAUCGAUGAUGCGUCGCAGCAAGAUGAUCUCACAAACGGUAUGCGAACUCUGCUCAUGCUCUCCAAAAAGCUGAAACAGAAGCGUAUGGAUGCUGGCGCGCUAAGUCUCUCGUCACCCGAGGUCAAGGUGCAGAUGGAAUCCGAAACUUCGGAUCCCAUUGAUGUCAAGACCAAGGAACUGCUCGACACAAACUCGCUCGUCGAAGAGUUCAUGUUGCUCGCCAACAUCAGCGUGGCGCGCAAGAUCUAUGAGGCAUUUCCACAGACGGCGAUCCUACGGCGCCACGCGGCACCACCAAAGACCAACUUCGACGAGCUCGCGAACCAGCUGAAGGUGAAGCGCGGGCUAGAGCUCCGCUUCGACUCGUCGAAAGCGCUCGCCGACUCUCUUGAUGCCUGCGCCGACCCUUCCGAGCCCUUCUUCAACAUCCUUGUCCGUAUCAUGGCGACGCGCUGCAUGAUGAGCGCCGAGUACUUCUGCGCCGGCACGCAGGCGUACCCCGAGUUCCGUCACUACGGUCUUGCCUCGGAGAUCUACACGCACUUCACUAGCCCGAUUCGGCGGUAUGCCGACCUCGUCGCGCACCGGCAGCUCGCGGCGGCCAUCGACUACGAGGCGAUGCACCCAGCGGUCCGCGCGCGGGGGCGCCUCGAGGCCAUCUGCAAGAACAUCAACGUGCGCCACCGUAACGCGCAGCUCGCGGGGCGCGCCUCCAUCGCGUACUACGUCGGCCAGUCCCUCAAGGGCCGCGUCGCCGAGGAAGACGCCUUCGUCAUGCGCAUCUUCAGCAACGGCUUCGUCGUGCUCGUGCCGCGCUUCGGCAUCGAGGGCCUCAUCCGCCUGCGCGACCUCGCGGACCCGGAGCCCGAGACCGUCUUCGACCCGGAGACCUACGUCCUCAAGAUGAGCGGGAGCUACGAGGGCGCCGUCGAGCUGUUCCAGAAGGUCCGCGUGCGUAUCCGCGAUGUCAAGGACGAGAGCACGGGGAAACGAGGCGCCAAGAUGGAGCUUGUUCGGGCUGCGUGAGGAGUAGAGGGUAGGAGCGGUUACUCUGUAGACCUUUAUUUAGGCUAGUACCUCUAGACAAUGAACGGAAGAAACCGAUGUCGGUGACAGACAACGCCUACAGUAGUGCGCGACGUUCAGGAUAUGAUGCAUAGGCAGUUAGCUGUGCGUGUGUGCCAUAUACCCUAGAAACCCAACCAUACACGUAAUAGAUCGUAUUAUGAUAUAUCGGGUGUCAGCGGUUUAACUUCAAUUAAUUCAUAUACACCGAGAUAGAUAGCCAAGCAAGGA